AAAUGGACUGGUUCAGUGUUUUUUCCUUGUAGAAACGAAUGAUGUCUCCUCCUUGCAACGUCCUUCCAAAUUAUUAUAAGGGCAAUGUUUACCUGCCAUAGUUAGGACCAGUGACGUGUGCAAUGAUGUGGGUGGCUGUGAGCAAGAUGGCAAAGCUAAUAGCCAUAGCCUGGCUUGAAUACUUACUGUCACACAAGUAGGUUCCCCUAUUUAAGCCCCCAGGUAUUAGAUGUUUUGGUUUCUCCGUGUCAGCAAGAAGAGGAGAAAGAUAACUAGAUUGUUUUCCAGUUGAUGAACGAGUAGGUCUGGAAGGAUUUGUUUUGUGUUAAGACUGGAAGAAGGGAGCUUAAUUCUUGGGCUGGACUUUUGUUUGGCUCGAUAAAAGCAUGGCAGAAGAGUAUAGAGAGGCAUUGUUGAAGAAGGAUGAUUACUAUGAGAAUUGCCCAGGAUGUAAGGUUGAUCAACUUAAAGAGUUGAAGAAAGGAUUCCCUUUUCGUGAUCUUAUUUCGAUAUGGAUUGUUGUGCUUUGUACUGCACUUCCAAUAUCAACUCUCUUCCCAUUCCUUUAUUUCAUGAUUAGAGAUUUUGGAAUUGCUGAGCGAGAGGAAGAUAUUGGCUACUAUGCUGGAUAUGUUGGGUCCUCAUUUAUGAUUGGGAGAGCUCUAACUUCUGUUUUCUGGGGAAUAGUAGCUGAUCGCUAUGGUCGAAAACCUGUUAUACUUUUAGGGACCAUCGCAGUGGUCAUUUUCAAUACUCUCUUUGGUCUUAGUGUGAAUUUUUGGAUGGCCAUUAUUACAAGAUUUCUUCUUGGGAGUUUGAAUGGUUUACUCGGACCAAUAAAGGCAUAUGCAGUUGAGAUUUUCAGGGCAGAAUAUCAAGCAUUAGGAUUAUCAACAGUUAGUACAGCAUGGGGUCUAGGACUGAUCAUUGGCCCAGCUCUAGGAGGUUUCCUGGCUCAGCCAGCUGAGAAAUAUCCAAAUUUAUUUUCCAAGGAAUCUCUUUUUGGGAGAUUCCCCUACUUCUUACCCUGCUUCUGUAUAUCACUUUUCGCAUUGGUGGUCACGAUUGUUUCUUGCUGGCUUCCGGAAACUUUGCAUGUGCACAAUGAAAAGAAGACUUCAUCCAAUGAUUCUUAUGAUGCUUUGGAAGCUGCAACCGGCGCAUCUAAAGGAGACGAAACAAGAACAGAUGAUAAAGGAAGGAAACCAUCUUCUAAUGAAAGCCUUCUAAAGAAUUGGCCUUUGAUGUCCUCCAUCGUUGUCUAUUGUAUUUUCUCACUUCAUGACAUGGCUUACACAGAGAUAUUCUCAUUAUGGGCCGAAAGCUCUAGAAAACUUGGAGGCCUGGGCUAUACAACAGAGGAUGUUGGUGAAGUUCUUGCAAUCUCAGGUUUCAGCCUUCUUGUCUUUCAACUUUCUCUGUAUCCAUUUGUGGAGAGGAUUCUUGGACCGAUACCAGUAGCUCAAAUAGCAGCGGCCUUAUCCAUACUGCUACUGUCAAGUUACCCUUUUAUAGCUAUGUUAUCCGGGCUCGGGCUCAGCAUUUUGAUAAAUUGUGCAUCUAUAAUGAAGAAUGUUUUUUCUGUUUCAAUUGUAACGGGCAUGUUUAUUCUGCAAAACAAUGCUGUGGAUCAAAACCAAAGAGGAGCUGCUAAUGGCAUUUCUAUGACAGGAAUGUCUCUUUUCAAGGCGGUCGGUCCAGCUGGGGGCGGCGCCAUAUUAUCCUGGGCACAAAGGCGCCAAAAUGCUGCAUUUCUGCCAGGUGUGCAGAUGGUUUUCUUCAUCCUGAACGCGGUUGAAUUAAUUGGACUGCUGAUGACCUUCAAACCUUUCCUGGCACAGAGACAAGACAAACCAAGAAACGGGACAGCCUAAUUUCCGUUGACAAUCAUUUACCUUAAAAAGGCUAUUGUUGUUGUCCGCAGGAGGAGAAACUAGUUCUGCGGUAUGCAUCUUUUAUGUAAUGUUUUGGUCUGGGCAAAAGGCAGCACUGCUAUAAUGCAGGCAGAUCCUUGGUGUUUUUCACAAUCAUUAUUGUAUAUAAUUGCCAGGAUUCAAUAUAUUUUAUUCAAUAAUUUCAAAAAAUAAUGUUUUUUGAAAUAA